ACUCCCGAAGAAGAAUCCACUGCGUCCGCAGAAUCGUCCGACGAAAGUUCUACCCACCCCUGCCUCAAGGACAUAGACAUCAGCGACUCGCAACUGAAAUUGCAAAAUCUAUACACGAUGUGCCCCGUUCCCGACGAUCCUGGAUUAAUACCAGCGUUCUGGACCAUUCAAGAACAUCGGACUGCCUACGCGGAUGAGGAUGGUAUUGAAAUGUUUUUCGAUCUGGUAAACAUGUCCAAUAUCAGGCCGAUAAAAGCCUUGGAAGACAUGUUGCUUACCGAAAAGAUCAAUUUACAGUACUAUGGCAUCAAUUCCCGUGUUGUUAGACCUCUCUGCGAAGCUUUGACGAGAAACGUUUUCGUGAAUACGGUCAAUCUUACAGGCAAUUGGUUAUCAGAAGACGCCUGUUAUCAUUUGAACGAUUUACUAUUGAGAAACAAUAUUGUGCACACUUUGUUGCUGGCAGGAUGUAAAAUUGGUCCCGGAGGUGCCGCAAAAUUUUACGACGGCAUUUCAGAAACUACAACGCUGAAAACGUUAGAUCUUUCUGAUUGCAAUAUACGUAGCGAAGGUUUCGAUCCGAUCGCAAGGGCAAUGUGCAACAACGAGAGCAUCGAGACUCUCUUGUUGAACAACAAUAACUUGGAUGAAACUUGCGCCGAUGGUCUGCAGAAACUGAUCUCUUGCUCGAGUACGUUGCAACGAUUAGGCUUAUCGUGGAAUUCGUUAUAUCCCGCCGAUCUUUGGAGGAAACUACUGAAAGGGUUUGAAGAGAACGAAACAUUGAUCGACCUCGAUCUAUCUUGGAACGCGUUGGGCAAAGAAUGCGUUCCACACCUUCGGCGAUUAUUAUUGCGUUCCCCACCAUUAAAAAAACUGAAUCUAAAUGGAAAUCGAUUUUAUGACGAGGACGUAGUGUUCCUCGCGCGAGGAUUGUCGAGAAACGAGAGACUCGAAGAAUUGUACAUGGGCAACAACCCCAUGAAGGGAGAAGGCACUCUUGCUCUCAUUAAAGCACUUACUCCGGAUAGAGCUCCAAACAGUCCACUGCGACUUUUAGAUCUUACGAAUGUCUGGGCGCAGAAGAAUAUUAUACCGGAGCUCGAAAAGAUUCGAAACAAUAAACCGUGGCUUGAUAUUAGACUGGGUGGGAUUCUUAGCAAUUACAAGCUUAAAGGUCCGGACGUACAAGCGAUACUUUUAAAACGGGCCAACUACGAGGCGAUGAAACCGAAAAGGAAACGACGUCGCAGAAAUUUCGGUCACUUCGUACUGUCGCUUUCUGACGAAUCGGUUUCUAAAGGAAGAUUUGUACAGCUGAUAAAGAGAUUCCGGUUAAAAUUAUCUCCGACUCUGGUGGAUGCGCUGGUCGGCGCGUUCAGUGGUCUGAAGCGAACCGUCGAUCAAGGAUUAUUAAAAUCCAUUUAUCUGAAGCACUAUCCGGAUACUAAACCUCCACCGAUAAAGCCUCCCAAAAAGAAAAAAGAUAAAGGGAAAGACAAGAAAGAGAAAGGGACUAAAACAAAAGAGCAGCAAUAGAAAUUAUGGAAAUAA